AUGAGCGAAGAUACAGAAACAGUUAGCGUCCAGGGCCGAGAGUUCCAAAGAACAUCCCUCGACGAGGGUGUCUACUACGCCCCGGUGGCCUUUGACGACCGCGAAGAGAGCAGACUGACAGCUCAGCACGAAAUUGUGUCCCGUAUUUUCGGCGAUGGACUGUUCUCCCCUCGAAUACCAAUGGGAGAGCCCGAGGCAAUAUUGGAGUGCGGCUACGGCGGUGGAGACUGGGCUGUCCAAUGCGCAGAUGAGCAGAUGGACCGACCCGAGAACCUAGACCUGGUCGCUCAUAACCUCAACGAUCCUCUUCGUGAUCCCGAAAUAUUCAAAGCGAAUCACUACGAUCUCAUCCACUCGCGGUUCGUGUUUCCAGGCAUUAAGAGCGGCAGAUGGAAUGGAUACAUCAGAGAUAUGAGGUUAUUGCUACGGCCGGGAGGUUGGGUGCAGAUAAUGGAGUAUUUGCCGAUUAUCCAAUCACACAAUGGACGUCUUACGGACCAGAAUGCUGUGCGAAGAUGGUGGCAGGAAUACCAGGGCGCCAUGGCGGACAUGGACCGUGACCCGCGGAUAGGUCGACGAUUGAAGCGGCUGUUGCUCGACAACAGAUAUCGAGACGUCGAAGUCGACAUAGUGCAGCUUCACAUAGGUGACUGGUCGAAAAGUGAGUCUCCCGUUGUGUUCCAACGUUGA